AUGGCCAGUGUGGUGGAUGCUGCAGAUUCAAAUCACCUGGUAGUGAUCUUUGGAGACGAAGAGCAUGUUGGAGCGGAUGGGAAGUACAGUUUUAAUCGAAAGCUUUGGGAGUGUUAUCAAGCCAAAAAGGGCGUGCCCGUGCGUUUCUUGGACCCACGCUGCUUCCGCAACUGCCUAUUUUCCGAGCUGAUGAUGUUGCGCGUUUGCGCUAUGCACCACUUGCUGCAAACCUUUUUACAGGAGGGUCAGAAAUUGGCAAAGAGUUUAGGACUCCGCAAAGUACCCCGCUGGGUUUUCCAGGUGGAUGGCGAUACGAUCAUGGUAAAUCAGCAGCUGCAUUAG